UCAGGUUCACACUUCCAAGUGCGCUUUCUCCAAUCACCAUCCCCCACCCACCACCAACCAGCACCAGCCUUGUGAGGCGAGGCGGGGAAAGCUCAAAGGUUAAAGGUUAAGCCUCGUUACGGCCAUUCAUUCCGACCUCAACCGCAGCGUCGUCAGAAUCCCAUCCACCGAUACACCACAACUUCAGCUAUUUCGUACAUAGAUUCUACAAUUCGAACUGCCACAGCUUGUAAUUAUGGCAGAACCACCAAUAGGUAUAGCGCAAUCACUUAUCAGCUUUGUUCUGUCAAUACUAACGUCAAUCGCAUAGUUCUCGAUGGAGGAACUGGUUUCCUGAAAGUCGGAUACGCAGCUCAGGUAUGUGGCAUUUUGGCCUAUUAAUGAUUGCAGCUAUCUAGUAGCUUCAGAACUAACUUUUUUGUACUUGAAGAACUUUCCCGAGUUUCAAUAUCCAUCUAUUGUCGGCCGACCAAUUCUGCGUUCCGAAGAAAAGGGUGACGAUGGCAUGGUCAUUAAGGACAUUAUGUGUGGUGAUGAAGCUGCCGCAGCAAGAACCAUGCUUCAAGUAUCGUAUCCUAUGGAAAAUGGUAUCGUGAAGAAAUGGGAUGACAUGCAGCAUCUUUGGGACUAUACGUUUUACGAGAAAAUGAAGGUUGACCCAACAGGCCGGAAGAUCCUCUUGACAGAACCGCCGAUGAACCCCUUAAAGAACAGAGAACAGAUGUGCGAAGUUAUGUUUGAAAGGUAUCAAUUUGGGGGAGUUUACGUGGCUAUUCAAGCUGUGUUGGCUCUAUAUGCACAAGGUAUAUCUAUUUUCUCGAUUGUGCAGUGUGCCAUGAGUAGCGUACUGACUGUCAACAGGUCUCAGUUCAGGAGUUGUGGUCGACUCUGGAGAUGGGGUUACGCAUAUUGUACCUGUUUACGAAUCCGUUGUUCUCAAUCAUCUUACUCGUCGUCUUGACGUCGCUGGUCGAGAUGUCACACGGAACUUAAUUGCUCUCUUAUUACGUCGCGGAUAUGCCUUGAACAGAACAGCGGAUUUUGAAACUGUUCGACAAAUCAAGGAGAAGCUUUGCUAUGUGUCGUACGAUUUAGAAUUGGAUCAGCGAUUGAGCGAGGAUACAACUGUCCUGGUUGAGAGUUAUACUUUACCUGACGGGCGUGUGAUUCGCGUUGGUAGUGAACGUUUCGAAGCUCCUGAGUGCCUCUUUCAACCUCAUCUCGUCGAUGUCGAGCAACCCGGUAUCGCCGAAUUUCUUUUCAACACCAUUCAGGCUGCCGAUGUUGAUGUCCGAUCCUCACUCUUCAAAGCUAUCGUUCUGUCCGGUGGAUCGUCUAUGUAUCCUGGUCUACCAUCACGACUUGAGAAAGAAUUAAAACAAUUAUGGUUGACGAGGGUUCUUGGCGGAGAUCCUGAACGGUUAAACAAGUUCAAGGUCCGUAUCGAAGAUCCUCCUAGGAGGAGACAUAUGGUUUUCUUGGGAGGAGCAGUGCUGGCAAACAUUAUGGCUGAUAAAGAGAAUAUGUGGAUCACGAAGCAGGAAUGGGAGGAGCAGGGCGCCAGAGUACUAGAAAAGUUAGGACCUAGAUAGGAGCAGAAGAGAGGAGUUUUAUGGUGAAUCGUGUUACUGAUGCAUAUGGCUUUAUUGUGUCGGCCUUGUCUUCCAUCUAUUGUACGGAAUCAAAAUUGCUUCGUGGAAAUAUAUUAUUGAAAUAGAUAUUUGUCAUUUGUAUAUGGCUCAUUCUCCUUGUGUUAGAUUAACACACUGCAAGGAAAUUGUCGAGCAUCAUUAGGUAUGGAAAGAUGAAGCGAUAUUAGCUGCCUAUUGGUUUGUAGUUACAAUUCAUUGGCUGUGAUAUACUUCGCAUUCUGUUCUCUAGUGAGAUGUGUAUGAUAGAUUGUAGAUUUGGGCAGUAA